GGCGCGUCACAAUGACGUCACGAAUACACACUGGGGCAAUUCAAUCUGUCCGGGCAUAUCUCCUCCCCAAGCCGUCAAAAGACAUAUUCCUGACAACAAACACCAACACGCUGUAGUACGCACGACAGAGUUACGCAGCCCAAAUAAGACACAGGAGAACGCCGCGGUUUGCCGGUGAAAUGUGUGGAAGAACUGCGUGCACUCUGGCUCCGGAUGAGGUGACCCGAGCCUGCUCGUACAGGAACCGGCGCGGAGAGCGGAGACAGCCUGGCUGGAAGGAGGGAGACGCGGACAAAUACCGACCCUCCUACAACAAGAGCCCCCAGUCUAUGAGCCCCGUGCUGCUCUCCCACAGGCACUUUGAUAAGAAUGCUCCCGUGGAUGAGUGUAUUUUGGCUUCCAUGCGUUGGGGCCUGGUCCCUUCCUGGUUUAAAGAGAAUGACCCAAGCAAGAUGCAGUACAGCACCAGCAACUGUCGCAGUGAAAACAUCCUGCAGAAAAAGUCUUACAAGGAGACCCUGCUGAAAGGACAGCGCUGCGUCAUCCUUGCUGAUGGCUUCUACGAGUGGAGGCGGCAGGAGAAAGAAAAGCAGCCAUUUUUCAUCUACUUUCCUCAGACUCUGAGAUCCUGUGAGGAGAAACAAGAUCCUGCCAAUGAUGCGACUGAGCAGCCAGAAAAAACAUCUGAUGAGUGGACAGGCUGGAGGUUGCUGACCAUGGCAGGACUAUUUGACUGUUGGACACCUCCUUCUGGAGGAGAGACCCUCUACACCUACAGUGUAAUAACUGUGAGCGCUUCCCCAAAUCUCCACAGUAUCCAUGACAGGAUGCCAGCCGUCUUGGCUGGAGAGGAGGAAGUGAGGAGAUGGCUUGAUUUUGGGGAGGUGAAAUCUCUGGAUGCUUUGAAACUGCUCCAGUCUCAAGACAUAUUGACCUAUCAUCCCGUCUCAUCGCUUGUCAAUAAUUCUCGUAACAACUCUCCUGAGUGCCUUCAGCCUGUGGACCUAAAUCAGAAAAAGGUACUCAAGCAGACAGCCAGCAGCAAGAUGAUGAUGAGCUGGCUGGCCAGCGGCUCUUCAAAGAGGAAAGAGUCGGAGGCUUGGAACAGUCAGGAGGAAAGAGACAAGACAGACACUCCCAACAAGUCUACAGGAGCGCUUCAGCAGUGUCUGCAGGAGGCCAACAAAAAACCAAGAACCCAGUAAAAGAGAACUACUCGGUUUUGUAUUUCAGCCCUCAAAUGACAUUCUUGUACCGUUAUGAGCCACACAAAUAUAUAUAUAUUGUACCAGUGUUCAAUGGUGGUUAUGGAAUUUCAGAAAUAAGAAGGUUGCUGAAUUUUAAGGUUUUUAUUACCCUUAUUUGAAAGGCAAAGACAUUUUGAAACUUUACUAUGCAUUUAUCAUAUUUAUAUAUAAUGAUGAAUGCCACUACUUCCACCAUCUCACUUUUGCUUUCAAAGUUAGUCUGACAGCGAUCAGAAUUCUAAUGUAGUUCAUUUCCAUUUUAACAUGAUUCAGACGAUUGGCUAUGUCAAGCACUUCAAGCAACUGGCAGUAAGAUAGAGAUUUACAUGUUUGUCUUCUCCACAAAAUGAUUGGAAUUGUACAGAAGUCCUUUAAUUUGUUGUCAAUUAAAAUAAAUGUAUUGGCUAAGA